CCGAGCGCGCAGCCGAACGGAGCCGAGCCGAGCCGAGCCGAGCCGAGCCGAGCCGGGGGUGUUGGUGUCGGGGCGAGCGGUGGCCCAGCCGGUUUGGGCCAGACGACCUGGCCUGCACGGCCUGCACGGGGAUGGCGACUACUGUGACGUGCCAUUGACCGACGACGGGGAAGUUCAACCGCUUGUGUGUGAUUGUGCGUGUGUGUGAGUGAGUCAAGCGCUCCAGUGCAGCGGUCCAAGUGACGGCGUGGCGACGACGACCGCGUCGCCAGCCCCAAGGACUACUUCACCUUCUCCAAGCUAAAGAUGCCGGCCCGGCAUGGCUGCGUCUGACGGGCAGGUGCUAUGCGGCGCGGCGCGCUGGGCCCCGGGCGGCCGGCCGCUGGCCGAGGUGGUGAAGGGCGGGCUGGCGCUGCCCGCCGUGCUGCGCAUCGUGCGCGGCUCCUGCGGCGGCCUCGGCGUGCCCUCGCUGCCGCACCCCACCCUGCAGCCCACCGUCAUGCUGGUGUCCGCCGGCCGCCGGAGGCAGAUCAUCGCGCAGGCCGUCAAGCUGCGCCCCGGCCGCGGCCCCGUGGCGGUGGGUCCCCGGCUGUCCAUCCCCGAGACCUACGCCGGCUGGUUCGAGCUGCUGAGCGAGGAGGGCCGCGCCGGCCGCUGCGUUGAGUCCGUGGCGGAGCUGAGCCGCCGGCCCUGCCCCUGCCUGGUGCGGGAGCCGCUGCGCGCCAUCCUGGCCAAGGACCAGCAGGCCGCCGUCGUGCCCACGUCCGACCCGCCCGAGGCGCCGACAGGCGUCGUGGAGGCCGCCGAGACCUCGCGCACCCUCGCCGUCGGCGAGACCAUCUCCCCGGGAGAGGAGGUCUCGCUGCCCGGCGGCGCCAACCACCCCCGCGGCCGCUACCUGACGUGCGCGACGAGCCGCGGCGACACGGUCCUGCUGUCGCUGGAGCAGCGCGGCCGCUUCUCGCCGCUGGCCAAGGAGCACAACAUCUCCGGGGCGCACUCGGCGCGCACACUGCUGGCCAAGCGGCUGCCCCUCACCGUGCGGCUGCUGCACGGACCGCCGCCGCGGCCCGCCCGCCCGCUCACCCGCCCCCGCAAGGCCAGCUGGGCCAACCCCCAAGCCCCCGGGCACCUGGCGCCCGACCUGCCCCUGCGGCUGCUGGCCGCGUACGAGGAGGAGCAGGUGUUCGCGUUCCCGCUGCAGAAGGACAACGCCAGCCUGGUGGCCGUGCCGCUGUCGGCGCCGCUCAAGGUGCUGCGCACGCGCAACGAGGACGCGCUGUGCUCGCUGCCCGAGUUCGCGCGCGUGGCCGAGAAGUGCACGCGGCUGCUGGCCGAGGUGCAGGACCGCAUCCACGUGCUGGACGCCAAGGCCUCGCUGGCGACGGCGCCGACGGGCGGCGCGGGCGGCGCGGGCGCGGAGUCCGCCGCCAGGACGUGGCGCGGCGUGCCGUUCCUCCGGCGGUCUGCGAGCAGCGACGCGGCCAACCUGCUGUCGUCGCCCCGGCACCACCAGGACGAGAACCGCGCGCCGGGCACCACCCUGGCCGCCGCGUCGUCGUCGCCUAGGCUGUCGUCGCCCGCCGCCGUGACGCCCGACGAGUACGACGAGAUCGACCAGAUCUACGACUACGUGCGCGGCUUCGCGCCGCUGCCCAAGAGCAUCGCCGCGGCCGCACGGAGCACCUCGCCGCCGUCACCCACCAGCCCGCCGCCCUCCACGUCCUCGCCCGGGGCACCCAGGGCCACGCCGCCCGGCGCGGCGUCGUCCGGGACGCACACGCCCACCAAGCCCGAGCCGCCCCCCAUCGAGACCAUCCCCACCAAGAAGGCCGGCAGCAAGGUGCACGGGCACGCCCUGAACGGCGGCCUCGUCAACGGCCACCUGCUGCUCCGCGACCACCCGCACCACCACCACCACCACCACCAUCACCACCAGCACGCGCCGGCGGCGCAGCCAGCGCAGAAGGCGGAGAAGCGGUCGCGGCACAAGGAGAACAAGGGCACGCGGCUGUACCUCAAGCACCUCCCCGCCAACGGCAACGGCGUGGUGGCCAGCCCGGGCCCGCUGGGGCACUCGGCGCGCUACAAGUCCAUGACCAACAUCCACGGCGCCAUGGAGCUGGACGCGGGCCUCGCGCCGGCCCCGUCGACGCCCACCCCGCCGCCAGUGGCCAGCUCCGGCGCGGCGGCGCUGUCCGGGGCGUCCGGGGGCGUCGGCACCCUGGACUCGUCGCACUCCGGCGGCAGGACGUCGGGGGACUCCGGCCCCGGCAACAAGCUGCCGGAGAAGCGGUCGAGGAAGCUGUCUCGGCCGAGGUCUCUCACCAACCUCGUCUGGGAGAUUCGGGGGGUUUCACCUGCCACUCCCCAGGACCCCCAUCGGAGCAAGCUCAGCCUCACUGGUCACAAGCGUCUAGGCACGUUGUAUCUCUAGGAAGUCCAAAGUCUUUCGUCUGUAUUUUGGGGCUUGCUGAGGCUACGUCCGCCUCUGCAAAAUGUAUGUCGAGGAAUUGCUGUUGUUUGUUGUCACUUUUGUUUUAUUGCAUUUUCACCUCUUUCAUUAUGCUGAUGUGCGGAUAUGCUGUCUGUACUCAGAACUUUGAUUUUUGACAAGUUGAUAUUUGCUAAUGUUUGACUUGUCUACUUCUUGACUUUGCACUGCUAUAUGUUAAAAUUUAGUCUUUUACCAUAACUAUUUCUGUCAGUGUAAAUUUGUGUUUUAAAUUCUCCUUAGUAAUUAUAAUAGAAAUUGUUACCACUUUAUCUUAUUAUGUUAUGUCUUUCUGAACAAAAAAAAGGCAGUUAUGAUUGUUCAUUCAUAAAUAUUUUUUGACUCUUCUUGACUGCAAGUGCUGUUAUUUUCUGUUUUCGACUAUCUUAUUUAUCUGUUUGUAGGAGCAAGGAACCUGAAGGGGACUUUGAUUGUUCUUUUUGUGUUUUUAGUGGAUGAGCUUAGAGUGGCUCAGCUCCAGUCAUAGUCUGUAAUUGUUUAUUAGCCAAGAAGUGCCUCUUAGGAUAGCCAUAUGUUGCCAUGCUUUGUCAUUAAUUAGUUCAAAAUGACUACUGUUUCUGUUUCUAACCACUUUUGAACAAAGUGAUGUUUCUGAGGCUUUCAAUGUCUGUCAGUUCACAUGGCUAUUAUUAGUGGUUUAAAAUAAAGUGCCAGAUUCAAAUUAAGCAUUUCAUUUGAACAGGCUGUGUACUACUGGUGUUUUUAAACUAGAGCAAGACUUGUAAGAAAUACCGAAGCAUUGGACGUAUUUAGAGUCUAAAAUAUUUCAUGAUAUGUGAAAAUUUUCUAGACGAUUUUAGACUUUAGCUGAUAGUCUCAUAGAAAAACACCAAAAUGUGAAGCAACCAGUCUCAAUUCAGUGCAGCUUACUGUUUUCUUGUGCGUUGUUCAUAGUCCAGUUCAAUGUUUAUAAAAUGUAAUAAAUAUUAUUAAAAAUCUU